UUCUGCUCCAUCGCGGCGCCUCUUCCGUCCGAGUCGAGCGCGGCGAGUCGGCGGCGGGCGGCCGAGCUCCGGGAGGUGUGGCGCGACCGCGGGACCCAGCCAUGGCCGACGCUGACGUGAACCCAAAAGCCUACCCUCUCGCAGAUGCCCACCUCACUAAGAAGCUUCUGGACCUUGUUCAGCAGUCAUGUAACUACAAGCAGCUACGGAAAGGAGCCAAUGAGGCCACCAAAACGCUCAACAGAGGCAUCUCGGAGUUUAUCGUGAUGGCUGCGGACGCCGAGCCACUGGAGAUCAUCCUGCACCUCCCGCUGCUGUGCGAAGACAAGAACGUGCCCUACGUGUUUGUGCGCUCCAAGCAGGCGCUGGGCAGGGCCUGCGGGGUGUCCCGGCCCGUCAUCGCCUGCUCCGUCACCAUCAAGGAGGGCUCCCAGCUGAAGCAGCAGAUCCAGUCCAUCCAGCAGUCCAUCGAGCGGCUCCUGGUCUAGCCCCCGCCCCGCCUCACGCCCCCCCAGUGUUGUGUCUUCCUGUCUGUCCGUGUGUAGGACCCCGGCUACUUUCUAUCAUAAACUAUUGUGGUACA